UAGGCUAUAAUAUGUAUUCUGCCCAAGUACCACGCCAACAAACAUUUAGGGAUUUAAUUGUCUGCAGGGUAGACGAAAACACCGUAGCACACUGUUAGGAUGACCGUUUCGCCAGCUUCGCCGUUGCGGCGGCGGCGCAGUCUAUUUAAGGGGAGCUGGGCCUCCCUCCUGUUGGCACUCUCGCUAUCGCAGACAUUGAGCAAAAGCACCCGAGUCGCGUCAAAAUGUCCCGACGCCGUGUUAUCGUUCUCAGUAAAUCUGUCAAGUUACACGACGAUGAAGAGCGACAACGAAAAGCGGACGAGGACGAUGAGUUACUUGCAGAUGAUAAUUUCGAUAGCAAGCGGAAAGUAUAUCCUCGUCUGCAAGAAGAGCGGGUUCGUAUAUGGCAAGCGAUGCGGCUAUUCGUUGAGAAGUAUAAGGGCGAGUGCACCGCACGGGGGGCCAGCCCCAUGGCAUAUACACAAGGAUAUAUCUAGGGAUGCGCUGCUGUUGGCGGACGGUUUCAGGAGGACGAGAGAAUAGAGUUUGAAACCGGUGGCGAUGUGGGCAUCAUCAUGACGCUUAGAUCCCAUUAUUACCUGCCCGUCAGCGCCAUCCCGGGGGUUUGCUCAGAACGCGCCCAGGGA